CUCAACCUGUGUAUUGUUGUGCCGGUUAUUAUUGUAGUGAAAAUGGUAGCGAAUUAUCCCUUUGUCCAGAAGGCCAUUUUUGUGAAAUUGGUAGCAUUCAACCAUCACCUUGUCACAAACUAGCAAGUUGUCCACCAGGAACAAGUGCUCUCAGUAGUUAUCGUAAACUUGAACCUGUUUCAAGGACCUUUGAUAUCGAAUUUACAAAUCUUGGAUUGAUAUUACCGAGUGGUAUCGAAAUCGUGAAGGGAGUGUCUGGAAAAUUUAGUAAACACAGGACUUGCGCAAUCAUGGGUCCUUCAGGCGCUGGUAAAACAACUUUUGUUUCUUUAUUAACUGGAAAGGUUAAGAAAACUAGUGGCACAGUUAAAGUUAAUGGAGUGGAAGAAACAUUAGAAAAAUAUCGCAAAUUAAUAGGCUAUGUCCCUCAAGAAGAUGUUAUGCUUCGUGAAUUAACCGUGCGCGAAAUUUUGGUGGUACGAAAAAAAAUUGCUUUGUUUUAUCAUAAAUUCGUUCUUGAAACAAUAUCGUUUUUGGAAUUAAGUCACAUUAUGGAUUCAGUUAUCGGGAAUGAAGAGAACAGAGGUAUCUCGGGAGGUCAGCGUAAGCGUGUAAAUAUUGGGAUGGAACUUGUCGCUGAACCAUCAAUUCUUUUCUUGGAUGAACCAACUUCGGGUCUAGAUUCUACGACUUCAUUUGAAUUGUGCACGCUCUUAAAGAAUAUCGCUCAUCAACAAGGUCUUACUAUUGCGGCCAUUAUACAUAGUCCUUCAGAUCAAGCCUUUCGCCAGUUUGAUGAUUUUCUGCUACUUAGUAAAGGAGGAAGGGUCAUUUAUUCCGGAGAAAGAGAUAAGGCAUUAAAUUAUUUUGAAAAUUUAGGUUUUGUUUGUCCUCCGGAUGAAAGCCCUCCUGAUUUUAUGUUGAAGAUUGCUUCUGAAAAAGUUCAACCCGUUAAUCGUAAAUUUUCAACAAGCGAUCUAUCCAAUAUUUGGAAUAAUUACAGUUCAGGGCAAAUAAAUGAUCCUACGUUAAAUUUACCCGGAUCUCAUAUUACAAUAGAAGUUCAAUGUGAAAAGCCUUCAGUAAAAAUUAUACAAAAAUUUAAAAAUUUUCUUUCAAAUUAUCUUACGAUAUUUUUACAACUAUUUAGAGACGUAAUAGAUUAUUUUAAUGACAUAAUGACAGAAUUUUCAUCAUUCUUGAGAACAACAUUCUUUUUUUGGGAAAGUGAUCCUAUUCGCGAAACUCCAAAUGGGUUUACAUCAUUUGUACUUUUAUUUAAACGGGCAUGUUUACAACUUUAUCGAAAUAGAGGACAAUUUUUUUUUGAUACGUCAUUACAUAUUGCGUGCGGAACCUUCGUUUCUUUGACUGCCAGUAAUGUUAAUUAUGUUGGGAGACCACCAAGAGAGCUUUGCAUUGUAACACCUUAUGCCGUAAUUCCUUACUGUCUACUUUCAUUGGAUCUUAUACAGGUCGUAUAUUGGCGUGAAACAUCAGCUGGCAUGAAGUCUUUACCGUACUUUCUCGCAAAAUUUACUGCGGAUAUUCCUCGUAUAAUUAAUGCUUCUACAAUGUUUUCAAUGGCUUUUAUCCUUUUUUAUUCAUAUCAAGCAUUAUUUGUAGAGAUUUAUGUAAUCGCUUUACUAAGUUAUUCAUGCGCUUGGACGAUGGGUUACUUCUUGUCGAUUAUAGUUAAGAAAGAACAAAUGGCAUUAAUCGGUACAGGAUUUGCACUAGCAUGGUCAUUAGUAUUAAGUGGCAAAAAUCCUGAAUUAGUAGCAGUUAAUUCUUCUGAUACAUACAAAUUCGUAAAAUGGCUUUGGAAAGUUUCUGCUCCAAGAUGGGUAGUUGAGGCUCUUUAUUUAAAAGAAAUUGGUCCAAGAAAGUGGUAUGAAAUACAUAAUGAGCCGUUGAAUUUUACAUACGCUUUUGAACAUUAUGAAGAUUGUUUAAUUAACCUUGGAUUUAUAGCAUAUAGUUGGGCCGUCAUAUCAUUUUGUGCGAUGAAGUUGGUUAAUCGUAAAAAGCUAAAAUAA